GCAAGUGACCCUUUAUUAUUACAUGGAAAGUUCUUGACAUUGGUCCAGCUCUCAGAGUGUCAGAAUGUCAGCCAGGGCUCCCUGAUUGGAGCAGAUUAACAGCUCCAGUCAGGGAACUCAUAUUCUAUGAGGUCCAGCAGGCUGACAUCAUUACAAUCACUACAAAAACAGUGCAAGAAGAGAAGAAAUAAUUCUAAUAGAGACAUUACAAGAGUUUGAUUGGUUGUUGAGCAGCUGCUGUUAGGGACUGUGUUUCAACCCGAGGGAUUUAAAAAAGAAAAUAAAUGUCCAAAUCAGCUCAUUGAAAGUAAGAAAUAAUAGGCAAUAAAUGACUUAUAGCAAAGAAUUGUACUUUCUGCUCAUCUCCAAUUUUUAAUGAAUAAUACAAGAUUCAGAUUAAAGUUCCAGUACAUAAAGCAACUUAAAUGUUAUUUAAGUUAAUACUUAAUUAAAUAGAAACAAGGUGCAGUGUCGUGGGAAAAAUAGGUUUGACACUCAGUCAAAAUGCUCUGCUAGUGCAAACAUAAUGGGCCAAAUAGUCUUUCUGCAAUUUUUCUGUGAAAUCACCCUUAAUCCUAAAGAGGCUGCCUUUCGAUAAAUAAAACAAAAAAAUGCAGAUGCUUGAAAUCUGAAAACAGAAAUUGUUGGAGAAACUCAACAUGUCUGGCAGUACCUGUGUAGAUAAAUCAAAGUAGCCAAUGAAAAGGUGGGUAUGUAAGCUGGAGACAGGGAGGUGAAAGGCGGUGGGGAGAGGUUGAGUGGAUAGGUGGAGAUGGAGCCCAGAGUGAGAGAACAGCAGUCCAGCAGACAAGGAGAUGUAUGAUUGUAUGCCAGAGAGAAAGUAAAGCUGAUCACGGGGACCAUAAGUAAGUAAAAAUGGGUAGGCUGUGCUGCAAGCAGUCCAUGUCAGUUCCCAGUUUUUUUAGUUUUUGCUUAAUCUGACCUUCUAAAGAGACUUCAUGCAGUAGGAAAAUAGCUUCGAUGGAGUCCAGAGUGACAGCACCUUCAGAGGCAGCAUGGCUACAGGAUUGGCUGGCCUACAAAGCCUGGAGCAGGACUCUUGCUUCCAUGUGGUGUCGGCUGGAGUAGCCCGGAGCAGGAUUCUGGCAAUGGCAUGACAUUGGCUGGCAAGGCCAGAGCCGGACUGUGACAGUGGAGAAAGAAAAGUUGUACUCUCCUUAAGUUUUUUUUCAUUUCAGUUAAUAACAAUGGCAGUGACAGUAUAAACAUUACACUGUAUUUUAUAUUGAGUAUACGUGACAGUAAAUGAUUCAAUUCAAUUCAAUGUGAUGGCAGGGUCUGGAGUUGGGUGUAGGACAUAGAAGAAGGUAUUCAGGUUCUAAUAUUAUUGAACUUCAUAUUGAGUCCUGAAGGCUACAAGAUCCCCAAGUGGAAAAUGAGAUGCUGUUUUUCCAUCUUGUACUGAGCCUCACUGGAGCACUGCAGCAACCCCCAGACAUACUGUUGGCCAGGGAACACAGUAAUAUCUUGAAGUAUAGGAAACUGGAAGCUUGGGGUCAUUUUGUGGACAGAACAUACGUAUUCCACAGAUCGGUCAACCAGUCUGUAUCUCAUCUCCUCACUGUAGGAAGACUACAUUAUUAGCAGUCAAUUCAGUCGACUAGCGAUAGUAGGAACUGCAGAUGCUGGAGAAUCUGAGAUAACAAGGUGCAGAGCUGGAUGAACACAGCAGGCCAAGCAGCAUCAUAGGUGCAGGAAGGCUGACGUUUCGGGCCUAGACCCUUCAGUCGACUAGUUUGAAUGAAGUGCAGAUAAAUCGCUGAUUCGCGAUGUUGUGUGGAUCCUUGAAUAGCGAAGAAGGGGAACAGGCAAAUAUCACAACUUCCGCGAUUGCAUGGGAAGCUAACUCGGUGGGAGUCCAGGAAGGGCGCCCAGGGCGAUAGUCCUGCAUUCCGUUGUCCGUGCUGCAGGCGGCGGUGUCGGGGGAGGCUGGCUCGUUGUGUUGCGGGAUCCCGGUUUGGGGUGGCUCGCAGGUCCGUGACCUUGGACGUGAUCGAAGUGACGUUGUACAAACGUCUUUUUCAAAAAUUUAUUUGAUUUUGCUUUUAAACGGGUCCCCAGUACAUUGAACUGUAGUAGCAGAAAGGGGCAGAUGUGAUGUGAGUGUGUUUGUGGCGCUGGGUUUGGUUUGUCGUUCGGGUCGACAGCGGUUUGCGGGGAAAUCCGGAGGGAGCCGGUACCUGCGGCUUACCAUCUCCAACUCAAACAGAUCUUCCUGACAUCGGCGCGGUUUGAAAUGUCCCCGGUCGAUCAUUAGCCGUGCUGAAGGUUAGUUGCAGUUAUUACCGCCGCCAUGCCUAGGAUAGUGACCGUCCUGUCCCUCUGCUGGAGCUGUCUGCUCUUCUAUGCCGGCCUCGGCCUCUUUCUCAGCGGCUUCCUGCUGGUUCGAGUGGAGCUCCGCAGCCGCAGUUCGUGUCGAGAGACGCCGAUCCCCGCAGCCCGGGGAGGCCUCCACGAAACGGGUUUCAGCCAAGACUCGUGUUGGAUGGCCAGGCGGUUCUCCAGGGCGGUCGUGCUGAUUAUAGACGCUUUGAGGUUUGACUUCGCCAAAUACGAUCCAAAAAACAGGAACCCCAAACCGUUUGAGAACAAACUGGACGUGAUCUAUCACAAUGUUGUUUCCAAACCAGAACAUGCCAGGCUUUUCCAGUUCAGAGCUGACCCUCCUACAACCACUAUGCAGAGGAUUAAGGGUAUGACCACUGGCACCUUACCUACCUUUAUAGAUGUCGGCAGCAACUUUGCAUCUUCUGCAAUUCAAGAAGAUAACUUAAUUCAACAACUGGUGCAAAAUGAGAAGAAAGUAGUUUUCAUGGGAGAUGACACUUGGGAGGGUCUGUUUCCAAAAAAGUUCUUCAAGUCAUUCCCCUUUCCGUCUUUUAAUGUGAAAGAUCUUCACACAGUGGAUGAUGGCAUUCUUCAACACAUCUACACAACAGUGGAAGGAAAUGAGUGGGAUGUACUCAUUGCGCAUUUUCUCGGAGUUGACCACUGUGGGCAUAGAUUUGGACCUUACCAUCCAGCGAUGGCAGAAAAGCUCAGCCAGAUGAACAAGAUGUUGAGGUCACUGAUUGGCCAGCUGCAGAAUGAUACCUUGCUGGUGGUCCUAGGUGAUCAUGGAAUGACAAGUACUGGAGAUCAUGGGGGUGAAAGUGAAGCAGAAGUCAAUGCAGCACUAUUUAUUUAUAGCACAACUCCACUGUUUGAGAUCAAACAUGUUGAAGACUCGAAUGUCGUGUCUCAGAUAGAUCUUGUACCAACCUUAGCUCUUCUUCUUGGGAUUCCUAUUCCCUACAGUAAUAUAGGAAUGGUGAUGGUGGACUUGUUUAUCUCUGAACCAAAGCUGGAUGAUAAUCAGUAUCUUGAACAGGCAAAAGCACUUCAUAUCAAUGCUGUACAGGUGAAUCGAUUUUUGGAAUCCUACUCUAAUGCUGCCAAGGAUCUUCCUGUGACAAAGCUGAAAUAUCUGAAGGAAUUGUUCUCCUCUACAGUGGCGGAGUAUAAUGACCUGAUUACAGUCAUUCAGAAGUCUGAAAAAAUUGUUCCUGACCAAGAUUUUCAUGCAAGGUUUCAAAAUCUGUUAAUCGCACAACAACGUUACUUGAGAGAGACCAAAGAAGUGUGUCGAGAAUCAUGGGCACGAUUCAACCCAGCACACAUGCUUUAUGGUAUUGUACUUUUAGCAGCAACCUGCAUACAUUGUUUUCUGGUAUCAGAAAUUGCAUCAACAUUUGAAUCUUUGUACAAGCAGCUACUUUUGUAUCCAGUUAUCUGGGGUCUGACAGCUGGAUUAACAGUUUAUAUCUGGAUGCUGAUAUCUGGCAUUACAGUGGAACCACUGAUGAUAUGUUGUUGGGUUGCAAUUGGAUCACAUGUGAGCUUUCAUUGGAACUUCUGGAGAUUGGAAUGCAAGAAACAUAAUCUUUCAAAUGAACUAAUCCAAAGCUCCAACAUUUGUAUUCGACCAGAGUGGAAAAGUUGGCUUAAGUUUUUUAUACCUUUGGGAAUUCUACUAUUACGAUGCCUGGCUAUGUUUUCUAAUAGCUUUGUAAUAACUGAAGGGCAAGUAGUAUCAUUCCUUUUGAAAUCUCUUGUAACUUUUACUGUCUUGAAACUAAAAUGGAAUGGAAAACUUACCAGUUAUGGUUUAAAUACAUCAUUUGUACCAGAUAUACAAAAGACUUCUGGUUCUGUUUCGCACAAACGAGAAUCUUUUUAUUUAAUUGUGUUCAUGGUGACCUUUGUGGUCUGCAUUCUUUUUUCCAGCAAUUUUUAUCACUGUCGGGAAGAAAUUGCAGACUGUGAGCCUUCCCCAUUUCUGAAACCUUUGUCAAGGAUAAGUAAUAGUCAGCAAAAGAACUUCCAUUAUAUCCUGUCCGUGUCGUCACUUGGAGCCUUGGUCUACCUCAUACGAAGAUGGUUCCUUCAUUAUGGCAACCUGAAUAGUUCACACUUAGUUGUGUUUUUUAUACGUUUGGGUUUCCCAUUUAUUGUAUUUUGUUUAUGCUGCUAUUGGGCUGUGAAUGCUGCUUCAGAAGAAUCCUUCAUUAAACUUCAAGAUCUGACUAAGAAGAUUGUGGUAAUUAUCCCAUGCAUUGUCUUUGUGCUGGUAAUAACAGGCUUCCUUAUCGUCCUAUGGAAUCCGAUUACUGUGUUCCUAAAAGACAAUAUGGAGUCUGAUGAAGCUGUUGCCCCUCCCUACAAAGGCUGUAUGGAAACGGAAGUUGACUGUCUACAUGUAGUCCCGUUGAUCUACCGUAAGAUGCAGAAAGCUAUGAGCGUAAAUUUUAACGACAAUCAAACAAAGACUCGGACAGUGGCCGCUUAUGGCUUAGGAACUGUAUAUUCUGCUGCAGUCAUCACUGUCGUUGCUCUUUUGACAUUGUUACUUAUUAUGUUGCAUAAUGAGAGAAUGUCACUGGCUUUCCUGCUGUUAUUCUUGGAGGGAUUUUCUUUCCUUGAGAUACAUGGUACAGCAAGGAACCUUUCUUUACAAUCUGAUAACACUGGCUAUUUCUCUGUUCCUUGGUAUGCAGUUACAGCCUGGGCCUUUACAGCUACACAGUUCUUCUAUGCUACAGGGCAUCAGCCAAUAUUCCCAGCUAUCCAAUGGAAUGCGGCUUUCGUUGGGUUCAUUGAAGGACAUAGCACCAAUAUAUUGCCAGCACUACUGGUGGGAAUGAACACUUUUGCAUCUCAUAUACUGUUUGCAGCUCCUCUACAUACUGCUCUAACCUGCUGGCAGUGCUUUGAACUUACGGUUUUGCAAUUGUUUAAUAAUGCAAUUCAAAACACGAAAGAGAAGAGAAAGGUUUUCGGUUACGUUUUACUGAAUCAUAUACCUGCCAAAGAUGCAAAGAAACAACUGAGAGUUGGAUGUCCCUUGUUGCUGCUUUGGCCAUUUGUUCGUGAAAUGAAAAGCUCUAAAAGCAAGAACAUCAAAAAGGAAUCUGGCGAUGAUGAUCAAGUGAUGGAGAUGAGGUUGCGAGAAAAUCCUCAGAUGUUUUCUGCAGCCAUGCUGCAACUGGGAAUGCGAUACUUAUUUGUCUACGGUGUGCAGCUCCUUGCUUCUGUGUGCACUGUUGCUAUAUUGAGGAGACACUUAAUGGUGUGGAAGAUCUUCGCACCAAAGUAUGUUGAAGAUUAGUAGUGAGUAGUUAACUAAUAGCAAUCAGGAAACAUGGAAUUUCAAUGAAACAACUUAAUAAGAAUUGUAUCAGAGAUAGUAGGAACUGCAGAUGCUGGAAAAUCCAAGACAACAAGGUGUAGAGCUGGAUGAACACA